GUACCUGGCACUUGCUGGAGAGGACUCGAAAGGGGUUCCUGCUGAAUUGACCGAUUGGGAAGAUGUCAUUCAACAAAUCGAGCAACCAACCACGGAUGAGCUUCGUAUGACCUCUAACGAGAAGCUAGGGAUGGACAGGGCUGACCAAGCCGUGGCGCUGAACCAGAGAGCCGCUCUUGUAGAUUUUGGGGCCAGCAUCUUGACAGCUAUCCCAGAUAUCGGUGAGCGAGCUGAGCCUCUUAGGGUUGGCAUCUCCAUUGGCUCAAUUACAAAAAACCUUGCUGAGGGCAUGAGUCUUGCAGUGAGUGUGAUGGGACAGGAGGAUUUGAUGCAAUCCGCCGAAGGAGUGCGAGCUUCGCGCAAAGAGAGCUUCAUUCGCCAACUCCAGGAGCGCAGAAUGCAAGCCAACGUGGCUGGAAGGGACAUCAAAGUGACGGACAAGCAGAUCGAGGCCACCAAGGUGCGCUUAGAGAUGUGCGAGCGCGACAUCAAACUGCAGCAACAGCGAGUAGCUCACAUCGUGGAGAUGGAAGAGUGGCACAAUAACAAAUACACGAGCGAGCGGUUGUACGCUUGGAUGGACAACAGCGUGCGAAGCCUAUUCUACCAAAUGCACGUCCUCGCCAACGAUCUAGCGAAGAAAGCACAGAAAGCAUUCCGCUUCGAACGAGGCGAGCCAGGUAUCGAAUACAUCGGACAGAGCUACUGGGACAACGGGCGCGAUGGUCUACUGUCUGGCGAGCCACUCUACCUUGCGCUGAAGCGCCUGGAAGCAGCAUACCUGGAAAGGCGUAACCAUGACUUCGAGAUCGUGAAGAACAUCUCGCUCCGCCAAAUCCAGCCAUGGGCCCUCAUCAACCUGCGCGAGACAGGCACCGUCGAAUUCAGCAUUCUAGAGCCGUUCUUCGACUUUGACUUCCCGGACUAAUACUGCAGACGCAUCAAAUCAAUAAGCCUAUCUAUCCCUUGCACUAUCGGACCAUAUGCCGGCGUCAAUGCCACACUGACCCUCCUCUCCCAACAAUACUGCAUCAACGCUACCGCCAAAUUCUCUACCAGAUCCGCCGAGCACUUCUACCGGGAAUCGGAGUCAGCAGCCGAUACCCGCUA